CCAGUCCAAUCGGCCUUUGAGCCGCCCGGCCCAUGCGCUCACCUCUGAGCAGCUCGCCGCCGAGCUUGACGUCGACGUCCUCUCUGGCCUCACGGCCGACGAGGCCAAAGUCCGACUGGAGCAGUAUGGACGAAACGACCUCGGCGAGGAAGAGGGCGUGCAGCCGCUCAAGAUCGUUGUCGCGCAAAUCGCCAAUGCCAUGACUCUAGUAAUGCCUUCCAUAACCAACGCUCGAUUACACGAAUGGCGUGACUCUGAUUCAGUCUCUAGGUGCUCAUCCUGGCCAUGGCGGUCAGCUUCGGUAUCCGGUCCUGGAUUGAGGGUGGCGUCGUAGCCGCCGUCAUCCUGCUCAACAUCGUCGUCGGUUUCUUCCAGGAGUACUCGGCCGAGAAAACGAUGGAUUCGCUCCGCUCGCUCAGCUCGCCCACGGCCAAUGUCGUGCGUGGCGGCGAGAGCAUCGUAGUGCCCUCGGGCGAGGUGGUCCCUGGCGAUCUGAUCGAGGUCAGGAUGGGCGACACCAUCCCUGCCGAUAUCAGAUUGAUCGAGGCGAAGAACUUCGAGACCGACGAGGCCCUGCUCACCGGCGAGUCCCUGCCCGUGCGGAAGCGCGAGGGCGCCACCUUUGACGAUGCAACCGGCCCCGGUGACCGCCUCAAUGUCGCCUACAGCAGCUCAACCGUCACCAAGGGACGAGCCAAGGGAAUCGCCUUCGCCACUGGCACCUUCACCGAGAUUGGCGCCAUCGCGUCGGCCUUGAACCAGAAGGAACGCCGCGUCCGUCCUGUCAAGCGCAAGCCCAACGGCAAGGCCGGCCCUCACCGCUAUCUGGAAGCCUACACGCUGACCCUGGGCGACGUCAUCGGCCGCUUUCUGGGCGUGAGCGUCGGUACACCCUUGCAGCGAAAGCUCAGCAAGCUGGCCAUGCUCCUCUUCGGAAUCGCGGUCGCGUGCGCAAUCAUUGUCCUAGGUGCCAACCGCUUCCACACCACCCAAGAAGUUAUCAUCUAUGCCGUCGCCACCGGCCUCUCCAUGAUCCCGGCCUCGCUUGUCGUCGUGCUCACCAUCACCAUGGCCGCCGGCACGAAGCGCAUGGUGCAGCGCAACGUCAUCGUCCGCAACCUCAAGAGCCUGGAGGCGCUUGGAGCCGUGACGGACAUCUGCAGCGACAAGACCGGAACGCUCACGCAGGGCAAGAUGGUUGCGCGCGGCGCCUGGAUCCCCGGCCUGGGCACCUACACAGUCGAGCUCACGUCCAACGAGCCCUUCAACCCGACCAAGGGCGACAUCCGCUUCGAUGCGCGGGAGCCACACCAGAUCAACUUCCGGCCGCGGUCCGAGAAGGACGAGAAGGAGCUCGCUGAGAAGAGCGCCGUCGUCGAGCCGGCGCAGCUCCUCGCGAACAGCAAGGCCCGCCUGCAGGAGUUCCUCACGGUCGCCUCGCUUGCGAACGUCGCCACCGUGUUCGAGAAAGAAGGCGCGUGGUACGCCCGCGGCGACCCGACCGAGAUCGCCAUCCAGGUAUUCGCCAGCCGGUUCGGAAAGAACAGGCUCGCCAUCAUGAAGGAGGACAGCCCGGAGUGGAAGGAGGUGGCCGAGUUCCCCUUCGACAGCGACGUCAAGCGCAUGAGCGUCAUCAUGAAGCACAACCGCUCCGGCGAACACUUCGUCUUCACCAAGGGCGCUGUGGAGAGGGUGAUCCGGGUGUGCACGAGCUACUGCAUCGCGGACGUGGCCGAGGGCGAGAAGUCCGCCGAGGUCGAGAUGACGGAGGAGUUCCGCAGUCAGAUUCUCUCCAACAUGGAGGUGUUCGCGUCGCUCGGCCUGCGUGUCUUGGCGCUCGCCAGCAAGAAGAUCGGCGCCGGAGUGGAUGCCAGCGAGGACACGGACCGCAACGAGGUCGAGAAAGACCUGACCUUCCGCGGCCUGAUCGGCCUGUACGACCCGCCCCGCCCGGAGUCGGCCCCGGCUGUCCGCGAGUGCCACGAAGCGGGCAUUUCGGUGCACAUGCUUACCGGCGACCAUCCCGAGACGGCCAAGGCGAUUGCCAUCGAGGUGGGCAUCCUGCCCAAGCGGAUGGACCGGGUCAGCGCCGACAUGGCGAAGGCCAUGGUCAUGACCGCUACCCAGUUCGAUGCACUGAGCGAUCCGGAGAUUGACGAGCUACCCGUCCUGCCGUUGGUGAUUGCGCGGUGCGCGCCGAGCACCAAGGUCCGUAUGAUCGACGCUCUGCAUCGUCGGGGCAAGUUCGUUGCCAUGACCGGCGACGGCGUAAACGACUCGCCCUCCCUGCGGCGUGCUGACGUGGGCAUUGCCAUGGGCCAGGCCGGGUCCGACGUAGCCAAGGAUGCCUCCGACAUCGUGCUCACGGAUGACAACUUCGCGUCCAUCGUAGCCGCCAUCGAAGAGGGCCGCCGCAUCUUCGACAACAUCCAGAAAUUCGUGCUCCACGUGCUGGCCGAGAACAUCGCGCAGGCCGGCACCCUCCUUAUCGGGUUGGCCUUCAAGGACGCCUCUCGUCUCUCCGUCUUCCCGCUCGCGCCCGUCGAGAUCGUCUGGAUCAUCAUGGUGACGUCGGGCCUGCCGGACAUGGGCCUCGGCUUCGAGCGCGCCGUGCCGGAUAUCAUGCGGCGGCCGCCGCAGUCCCUCAAGACGGGCAUCUUCACGGCCGAGUUCCUCGUCGACAUGGUCGUCUACGGCCUGUGGAUCGCCGCGCUGUGCCUCGCCUCGUUCGUGCUGCGCGUCUACGCCUGGGGCAACGGCCAGCUGGGCACCAACUGCAACGACGCCUACAGCCCCUCGUGCGAGACCGUCUUCCGUGCCCGCGCCACCACCUUCGCCUGCCUGACCUGGUUCGCGCUCUUCCUCGCCUGGGAGCUGGUCGACAUGCGCCGCUCCUUCUUCCGCAUGCAGCCGGGCUCCAAGAAGUACCUCACGCAAUGGUUCCACGACGUGUGGCGCAACAAGUUCCUGUUCUGGGCCAUCGUCUUCGGCUUCGUCACGCUGUUCCCCACACUGUACAUCCCCGUCAUCAACCACGCCGUCUUCAAGCACACGGGCAUCAGCUGGGAGUGGGGCAUCGUCUUUAUCGCCGCCUUCCUGUUCUUCCUGGGCGUCGAGCUGUGGAAGUGGGGCAAGCGCGUCUUCUUCCGCCGCCGGGCGCGCAAGACCACCGGCAUGCGCUGGAAGGACAUGGACAUCGAGCAGCGCGUGUUUGGCGAGUACCUGAGCGGCUAUGAGAGCUCUGAGCCUUCGCCUGCCGCCGGCGCCAACGGACGGGAUUGACUACGAAGGGGCGGGAAGCCCCGGGCUAGGAUGGUCUCCGGUGUUGAGGGUUGUGACUGUG